CCACUAUUUUGUGUCCUUCCUGACGCUACCUUUUCCACAACGGUAGGUUUUUGUCAAUUGUUGUCUUAUCAAAUUAAGUCUUGUCCACGUCACAAUAUUAAUUUGUCUGUAAAUGUUGGCUAUUUGUAUGUAGCUAAAAAAUAAAAGUUGACGCUCAAGUUGUUUUCCAGCUAGUUAGCUAUCAACACAGGGAAGUUGGUGUUCAGUUGCUAUGGUAACUUAAUUUCUGAUGGAGCUUUCUAGCUAGAUAGCUACAACUUUUUAGACUUGUCAGCCAGCUGACUUAGCCAACGUUACCUACCGCCUCUAUACGAUCUGUCUAGUUAGCUAGCAACUUGAUAUAAUAGUUUUCGGGUUCACAACUGGCUAGCUAACUAGCUAAUACUUUGACAUCAUUGCAGAGAAUGGUGCAGCUGCACGUGAAGCGCGGUGACGAGAGCCAGUUCCUGUUCAGUACGUCAGUCGACGUCCCGUUGGAAACCCUGACCCAGCAGGUCACAGCCAUCUACAACGCCAGGCUCAAAGUAGACAGGCUAUGCUCAGGUGAGUAACGUUAGUGGGUGUAGAUGAAGAUGUAGCUAGAAACCCUGCCUCUGUCCUGUGCCAAUUAGUGGUCUUCACGAGAUCCGAUCCGGGACCCAGAUUUCUAAAUAUUGUCACGGGUCUGGGUCGGAUCUGAUAUGAUGGUCACGGGUAUGGGUUAUGUGUCGUUUUAACUGGCUUGUCUGGAAGGGCCCAUACAGAUCCAUAGAGAGAAAUUGUAUAAUUUAUGCUGCUGUUCUUGCUUUUCACAAGAGUGGCGCAUGUCGCUUGUUGAUGGCCAAUCGUAAGUCAUCAAAGCGGCAAUAUGCUACAGUCAUUGAGCCUACAUGUGUGGCAAAAGUUAAGAGAUAUCUAAUCAAUGGAAGAUGGAAUUAAAGAUGCACUAUGCAGAAAUCUCUCCGCCAUUUCCUGGUUGUAAAAAGUUGAAUAGUUCGCCUAAUUUCAGUUUGUGACUAAACAAGCAAGUGUAGUGUAGGGAAUCAUUAUACCAUCUAAACCGCUGUGAAAUAUAUUUUCCAUAACCAAAAAUAUUGUAUUUUGAAGCUGGUGUACAAAAUCAAAAGUAAAAGACGCAAAAACAAAACGUAAGAACGGGAAGCAUAGAAAUAGCGCAUAUAGAACAGAUCUACCGCUUCUUAGACUUGCUUUUAAUGAGAAUGACAGAUCUAUUAUUCACAUUUCACUCAAAAUGUACAUUGCAGCUUUAAAAUGAUGGAAUUAAAAGUUAAAGGAGUAGGAUAGGCUUCAACGACCAAGAGCCAACAGGUAUUCUGAAUGGAGUUAUUUGUAACCGUAGGAUGAGAAAGCGCAUGCACUGCAGCCUCAAUUAGCCCAGCUAGCUAACGUUAGCUAGCUUAACUAGCUUCUCCCGGUUUGAUGCAGUCAAGACAGGCACCACGUAAUCAUAUUUGAUGAUAAAUAACCAAGGCAGCUAUUAGUCUACUGUAGCGCGAGUCAGCUUGGUUGGUGCAAUUGCGGCCUGCAUGUGGGUAUUCCUGCAUCUGCAGGAACCCCUCUAUACAUCUAUUGGUCAAUUUUUAAGCUAGGAUCUGCAGGUGAUGGGGCGAUCCAGUACAGUAGGUGGCGUUAAUGCACAAUAACGUUGGAUGCCAGCCGCCGAUAUACCCCACAGAAGAAGGGGUGGCGGCGACAACGGUUGCUAGCUAACCGUACACCGGUAGACCGUGUCCUUCGCCCCUGCCUGUCGGGCACUGUUUUCCCACAGUUCUGUUAACGACGGCGAGGGCAGGUGUUCGGCAGGCGGGAGCGAAGGACACUGUGUGCUAACUUAGUCAGCUAGUCCAGUACACAGCAGGCGGUUGGAGGGGUGACAAGGUGUGCUAGCUAGCUAACUAGCAUGCUAGCUCGCACACGGUGUCCCUAACUAGCAAGCUAGCUAACACACUGUGUCGCCCCAGCCUCCCGCCUGCUGUGCUAGCGGUAGGUGGGGGCAUCACCGGUAGACAGUGUCCUUCACCCCCGCCUGUCAGGCACAGUUUUCUCCGGCACACAGCAGGCGGGGCGACACAGUGUGGUAGCUAACUAACAAGCUAGCUAAUUAGCUAGCACAUGGUGUCGCACCAGCCUCCCACCUGCUGUGCUAGCGGGGGUGACCGGUAGACAGUGUCCUUCGCCCCGGCCUGUCGGGCACUGUUUUCCAACAGUUCUCUUUAAUGACGGUGAGUGCAGGUGUUUGGCAGGUGGGGCCGAAGGACACUGUCUACCGGUGUCGCUCCUGCUAGCUUGCAAGGAGGUCUCCGGGAGGCGGGGGCGAGAACUCUUGACCCACAUUCAGAAGUGUCACAAGCAUGAACAUGAAGAUGUCUUGGGGGCGGGGGGGUGUCACUCCCUCACAGUAUGGCCCCUCCCCCGCCUACUAGAGCGCCACCUCUCUCUCCCUCCUCUCGGGCCUUAUCAGCUCCGAUUUAAUAAAGUAGCUUAAAACAAUUAUUUUCUGCUGCUUCCCUCACUCGGAUCGAACCGGGUCUAGUUGUCCUCGGGUCCAUUCGGAACGUGUCUCUAUAUUUAAAAAAAAUUUAACUUUAGCAGAAGCUUCCAUACAUAGACUACUUACUUUGAUAGCUGCAAUUGUACACCAUAGACCAGUAUAGUCAUUACAUGGCUACAUGUAUGUUAUACACAAUACAGCUAACUAGCUAGAUCGCUACAAAUGUAUGGUAAAUACGAGACACGAUUGCUAGCUCUAACACUAGGUUAUACACAUACAGCUAACUAGCUAGCUCUACAACUGUAAUGUUAAAUACCGAUACAGCGAAGUAGCUAGCUCUACACGAGGUUAUACACAGUACAGCUAAUUACGAUACAGCUAAUUAGCUAGCUCUACACUAUGUUAUACACAGUACAGCUAACUAGCAAGCUCUACACUGUAUGUUAAAUACGAUACAGCUAAUUAGCUAGCUCUACACUAUGUUAUACACAAUACAGCUAACUAGCUAGCUCUACACUGUAUGUUAAAUACGAUACAGCUAAUUAGCUAGCUCUACACUAUGUUAUACACAGUACAGCUAACUAGCUAGCUCUACACUGUAUGUUAAAUACGAUACAGCUAAUUAGCUAGCUCUACUCUAUGUAAUACACAGUACAGCUAAGAUGCUAACUCUACACUGUAAGUUAUACACAAUACAGCUAGCUCUACUCUAUGUAAUACACAGUACAGCUAACUAGCUAGCUCUACACUUACAUAAGACGCACAUAGCUUCCUCUGGCCGAAAGAUUGUGUGCGUGUUAGCGUGUCUGUGUUCCAUUCUCCUGUCUCCUCCGCCCAGAGUUCCCAGAGCUGGUGGACCACGGGGUGACGCUGCCCCCCAACAUGCAGGGUCUGACGGAUGAACAGAUUGUUGACCUGAAGCUAAAGGACGAGUGGGAGGAGAGGUGUGUCCCAAGCGGAGGACCUGAAUUCAACAAGGAUGAGAUUGGAAGGAGGAACGGACACGGUGAGUCCAGAGGUGUAUUCUUAGUCGGACACGAUGAGUCCAGAGGUGUAUUCUUAGUCAGACACGGGGAGUCCAGAGGUGUAUUCUUAGUCAGACACGGGGAGUCCAGAGGUGUAUUCUUAGUCAGACACGGGGAGUCCAGAGGUGUAUUCUUAGUCAGCACGGGAGUCCGAGGUGUAAUUCUUAGUCAGACACGGGGAGUCCAGAGGUGUAUUCUUAGUCAGACACGGGGAGGCCAGAGGUGUAUUCUUAGUCAGACACGGUUACUCCAAAACGUUAAAAUGUAUAAUAAAAUAAAAAAGCACAAUUGUCUGUUGGAUAAUUUAUGUACAUUCCUCCCCGUUUUGUUCCGUUUGCUUCUGUUUGCUUCCGUAUGGUUCUCUUAAGUUCUGUUUUGUUUAGGGAUGCACAUUCCGGUCAAUUUUGCUUCCGACUAACUAACCCUCAUUAACUGGUCAACAAACGGUAAAAAAAAAUAAUCAUAAUAGGGAAUUGACGUGAACAACACAGAAUACUAUGUAGAUUCUGAAAACGCUUACCUGUACCCAUGUUUGUCCUGUACAACUGCGGUCCUUCCACAGGAUGCUGAAAUGUAUACUUUUAAUAAAAACAUAUCGAAUACAACCACCGACUUUUAACUAAUUUGUGUAGCUCAACUGGAGACAUAGACGCCUUGACAUACUACGUAAGCGGAGAUUAAAUUGAGACAAGCGCAUCCGCGCUAAAUUGAGCAACACAAAUUAGGAAAAUGUCUAUGGUUGUAUUCAAUAAACGUUUUUAUUAAAAGUAUGAAUUUCAGCACCCCCCGCGGAAGGACCGCAGUUGUACAGGACACAAACAUAGGUACAGGUGAGCAUUUUCAGUAUUUACAUUUUUACAUGUGUUUACAGAUGGUGACUCCAUGUUGUUUUAUCGCAAAUAGCGUGACCAGUUAUCAAUAUUCAACUCCGCCUCGAUAUAAGAGAACGGAGUUGAGCGUUCCUCAGCUAACAAGGAACUGGACAUUUUUCAUUAAGAACUGAAUGUAAACAUGCCACAAUGGCAGGCCUAUCGUCUUACAGUCAAAAGGCUAUAGCCGGUUAUUGAACAUGCAACUCCUGUAAUGAAGAAGCUAAUAAAACAUCAUUUUCAAACAUUUGAUAAAAAUGCAAUUCGCGGGAAAACACAGUUCUAAACAGCGCACCUAAUGUGAGCGGUUCCAUAUGUGACAGAUUAAAAUGUCCAUUCAAAAAACUUUUAAAGAGGGGGAAUCUAAUAGCAACAACGAGGAUGUGUUGCUAAUAUGACUAGGAUUGUGCCUUUGUCUUCUGGACAAAGAAAGAAAGUUGAUAUGGAAACCAAUAGAACAGAAGAGAAAUGCUGGUUAAUGGCAUGAAGUGUUUAUAAAAUAAUUGCUUCCGCGUUUCUAUGGUCAGAUUUUUGGCAAGGCUGCUUUGAAGCAAGGUAAGACAUUUUUAAUAGUGGUCAUCAAAACAGUUUUUAAACACGCGAUUGCGUUUAGAAUUGUUAAUUGUUGCGCAAUGACUGAGCUUACAAAAGCACAUUUAAUUCUCGUACCAGCUUUUUGAGGAGCUGCUAUUGCGCUGUCUGACAGGUGGUAGGAUAUUCCUCUCCUCAAACUAGGCUGUGGAUGCUGUGGCAUGAGAUAAAUCAGAUACAUGCUGACUAACGGAAAUACACACGCGCCAAAUUUAAUUCCACUAAAUUAUGCAAAUUAACCUAUAGACCGAUAAGCAUGACCGGUCAAAUGUAUAUUCGGCAGCUAACCAAUUAACGGUUAAUCGGUUAACGGUUCAUCGACGGGGCUGUAGUGGAACAGGUUGAGAGCUUCAAGUUCCUUGGUGUCCACAUCACCAACGAACUAUCAUGGUCCAAACACACCAAGACAGUCGUGAAGAGGGCACGACAAAGCCUAUUCCCCCUCAGGAGACUAAAAAGAUUUGGCAUGGGUCCUCAGAUCCUCAAAAAAUUCUACAGCUGCACCAUCGAGAGCAUCCUGACUGGUUGCAUCACCGCCUGGUAUGGCAACUGCUUGGCCUCUGACCGCAAGGCACUACAGAGGGUAGUGCGUACGGCCCAGUACAUCACUGGGGAAAAGCUCCCUGCCAUUCAGGACCUCUAUACCAGGCGGUGUCAGAGGAAGGCCCUCAAAAUUGUCAAAGACUCCAGCCACCCUAGUCAUAGACUGUUCUCUCUGCUACCGCACGGCAAGCGGUACCGGAGUGCCAAGUCUAGGUCCAAAAGACUUCUCAACAGCUUCUACCCCCAAGCCAUAAGACUCCUGAACAGCUAAUCAUGGCUACCCGGACUAUUUGCACUGCCCCCCCACCCCAUCCUUUUUACGCUGCUGCUACUCUGUUAAGUAUUUAUGCAUAGUCACUUUAACUCUACCCACAUGUACAUAUUACCUCAACUACCUCAACUAGCCGGUGCCCCCGCACAUUGACUCUGCAACGGUACCCCCCUGUAUAUAUAGCCUCCCUACUGUCACUUUAUUUUACUGUAUAUAUAGCCUCCCUACUGUCACUUUAUUUUACUUCUGCUCUUUUUCUCUCAACACUUUUUUUGUUGUUGUUUUAUUCUUACUUUUUUUGUUUAAAAUAAAUGCACUGUUGGUUAAGGGCUGUAAGUAAGCAUUUCACUGUAAUGUCUGCACCUGUUGUAUUCGGCGCAUGUGACCAAUAAAAUUUGAUUUGAUUUGAUUUGUUCGGUUCUAUUUAGUUCCGUUUGCGUCCUAGUGAAUACACCCUAGAACACUGUGGAGUCGUGUGGAGCGGAGAUGGACUGAGUCCCAAAUGGCACCCUAUCCCCUAUUUAGUGCACUACUUUUGACCAGAGCCCUAUGGGAAUAGGGUGCCAUUUGGGAUGCAGAUGGUAUCUCAGUAGUCUAACAUAGGGAUGGAGAGCUACUGGGUGUGCAGGCUUUGCUCCAACCCAGUAGACUCAAGAGACAGACUAUUUACACUGACUCUCCACAAAUCCAACCCUUACCCACACACACACACACACACACACACAACCACACAUAAACACACUAGGGCUGGGAAUUGCCAGGGACCUCGCGAUACAAUAUUAUCACGAUACUUAGGUGCCAAUACGAUAUGUAUUCUCACGAUUCUAAUUGUAUUGUGAUUCGAUGUUCCAAACGUAUUUCUCACUAGGCUCUGGAGCUAGUGUCUGCUGCAGAGAGACAGAGAGCAUGAAAACUAGUUUGGAUCAGUCAUGGAAGUAAAGGUGCUGAAAACAUGUUGGCUGACUAUUGAAAAAGAAGAUGGAGAACAAGCUAAAGGAUGAAAAAUACUGGCAUACUACCUCUUCUAUUACUAGACAUACUACCUCUUCUAUUACUAGACAUACUACCUCUUCUAUUACUAAACAUACUACCUCUUCUAUUACUAGACAUACUACCUCUUCUAUUACUAGACAUACUACCUCUUCUAUUACUAGACAUACUACCACUUCUAUUACUAAACAUACUACCUCUUCUAUUACUAGACAUACCACCUCUUCUAUUACUAGACAUACUACCUCUUCUAUUACUAGACAUACUACCUCUUCUAUUACUAGACAUACUACCUCUUCUAUUACUAAACAUACUACCUCUUCUAUUACUAGACAUACUACCUCUUCUAUUACUAGUACAUACUAACCACUUCUAUUACUAACAUACUACCUCUUCUAUUACUAGACAUACUACCUCUUCUAUUACUAGACAUACUACCUCUUCUAUUACUAGACAUACUACCUCUUCUAUUACUAGACAUACUACCACUUCUAUUACUAGACAUACUACCACUUCUAUUACUAGACAUACUACCUCUUCUAUUACUAGACAUACUACCUCUUCUAUUACUAGACAUACUACCUCUUCUAUUACUAAACAUACUACCUCUUCUAUUACUAAACAUACUACCUCUUCUAUUACUAAACAUACUACCUCUUCUAUUACUAGACAUACUACCUCUUCUAGUACUAGACAUACUACCUCAUGUAUUACCAGACAUACUACCUCUUCUAGGACUUGUUAUUUUGUAAUGUCUGUAAUGUAGAGGGAGUUAGCGCACAAGCAUUUUUUCUGUAAACCGUGUACUUGACAAAUAACAUUUUGAUUUGAAGACCACUAUAAUUUGGUCUGGGCUUGGAGCCUGCUCUCUGUGUCCAGGGUGUUGGUCAAUGUAUUGGCUUUAGUAGAGAGGACAAUUUAAUAAUAAUAAUAAUAAUAUGCCAUUUAGCAGACGCUUUUAUCCAAAGCGAUUUACAGUCAUGCGUGCAUACAUUUUUAUGUAUGUUCUAACCGACAUAGUUCUGUGUGCUCCUACCUCCACCAAUCUGGAGCCUGCUCUCUGUGUGCAGCGUCUUAGCUCUCCUAUAGAGACUGGCAAGAGUCCCCCUGGCUAUAUUGUUGUGGACCUGAGAGGGUUGGGGUCAAUUCCAUUUAAAUUCCAGUCAAUUCAGAAAGUAUAUUGAAAUUCCAAUUCUCUUCCAUGCUUUUCAAUUAGGAAAAUGUGGAAUUGGAAUUUGGUUUACUUUCUGAAAUGGAAUUGACCCCAACCCUGAACCUGAGUGUGCUCCCUCCUCCUCCUCCAGCUCCUAACCAGAAGAUGAAGGAGGUGCUGAGGAACACCAUGGAGGAGGCCAAGGCACUCAUCUCUAAGGUAGCUACAGUAUUUCAAUAUCACACACACACACACACACAGACUCUCACACCGUUUCACACUCUAGGCCUACACCAAAUAUGAAAAACGAAGUCUUAAUGUAUUUACACUUGGAGGACCACACCGCACACGUUUUACAUGAGUCCCAAAUGGCACCCUAUUCCUUAUAUGGUGCACUACUUUUUGACCUGGGCCAAUAGGCCUCUGGUAAGGGAAUAGGGUGUCAUUUUGAGAGAAAGGCCUUUUCUUAUUUCCCCUCCUUUUGUGCCCUUCAGAAACAGGUGGUGGCUGGUGUGUGUGUUACCAUGGAGACGGUGAAGGAGGCGCUGGACCAGCUGAGGGGCGCGGUGAUGAUCGUCUACCCAAUGGGUCUGCCGCCACACGACCCAAUCAGGAUGGAGCUGGAGGACCAGGAGGACCUGUCAGGAACACAGGUAGAUAAACAGCUGUCCUCUUCCAUUAGAUAAACAGCUGUCCUCUUCCAUUAGAUAAACAGCUGUCCUCUUCCAUUAGAUAAACAGCUGUCCUCUUCCAUUAGAUAAACAGCUGUCCCUUCCAUAGAUAAACGCUGUCCUCUUCCAUGAGAUAAACAGCUGUCCUCUUCCAUUAGAUAAACAGCUGUCCUCUUCCAUUAGAUAAACAGCUGUCCUCUUCCAUUAGAUAAACAGCUGUCCUCUUCCAUUAGAUAAACAGCUGUCCUCUUCCAUGAAUAAACAGCUGUCCCUCUUCCAUGAGAUAAACAGCUGUCCUCUUCCAUUAGAUAAACAGCUGUCCUCUUCCAUUAGAUAAACAGCUGUCCUCUUCCAUUAGAUAAACAGCUGUCCUCUUCCAUUAGAUAAACAGCUGUCCUCUUCCAUUAGAUAAACAGCUGUCCUCUUCCAUUAGAUAAACAGCUGUCCUCUUUCCAUUAGAAUAAACAGCUGUCCUCUUCCCAUUAGAUAAACAGCUGUCCUCUUCCAUUAGAUAAACAGCUGUCCUCUUCCAUUAGAUAAAACAGCUGUCCUCUUCCAUGAGAUAAACAGCUGUCCUCUUCCAUGAGAUAAACAGCUGUCCUCUUCCAUUAGAUAAACAGCUGUCCUCUUCCAUUAGAUAAACAGCUGUCCUCUUCCAUUAGAUAAACAGCUGUCCUCUUCCAUUAGAUAAACAGCUGUCCUCUGCCAUUAGAUAAACAGCUGUCCUCUUCCAUUAGAUAAACAGCUGUCCUCUUCCAUUAGAUAAACAGCUGUCCUCUUCCAUUAGAUAAACAGCUGUCCUCUUCCAUUAGAUAAACAGCUGUCCUCUUCCAUUAGAUAAACAGCUGUCCUCUUCCAUUAGAUAAACAGCUGUCCUCUUCCAUUAGAUAAACAGCUGUCCUCUUCCAUUAGAUAAACAGCUGUCCUCUUCCAUUACCAACGGAGGGCUUCCCCAUCCUUCCAUUUAUUCUGUUAUUUGUUUAUUUAUUCAUUCAUUCAAUAUUUUCCUCAGUUGUGGUUAAUUCUGUGGACUGGGUCUGUACAUGGGUUUCACCUCCCUAAUGUUACAGUCUAUGGCAGGGAUCACCUCCCUAAUGUUACAGUCUAUGACAGGGAUCACCUCCCUAAUGAUACAGUCUAUGGCAGGGAUCACCUCCCUAAUGUUACAGUCUAUGGUAGGGAUCACCUCCCUAAUGUUACAGUCUAUGACAGGGAUCACCUCCCUAAUGUUACAGUCUAUGGCAGGGAUCACCUCCCUAAUGUUACAGUCUAUGGCAGGGAUCACCUCCCUAAUGUUACAGUCUAUGGCAGGGAUCACCUCCCUAAUGUUACAGUCUAUGACAGGGAUCACCUCCCUAAUGUUACAGUCUAUGACAGGGAUCACCUCCCUAAUGUUACAGUCUAUGGCAGGGAUCACCUCCCUAAUGUUACAGUCUAUGGUAGGGAUCACCUCCCUAAUGUUACAGUCUAUGACAGGGAUCACCUCCCUAAUGUUACAGUCUAUGACAGGGAUCACCUCCCUAAUGUUAGUCUAUGGCAGGGAUCACCUCCCUAAUGUUACAGUCUAUGACAGGGAUCACCUCCCUAAUGUUACAGUCUAUUGCAGGGAUCACCUCCCUAAUGUUACAGUCUAUGGCAGGAUCACCUCCCUAAUGUUACAGUCUAUGGCAGGGAUCACCUCCCUAUGUUACAGUCUAUGACAGGGAUCACCUCCCUAAUGUUACAGUCUAGGGCAGGGAUCACCUCCCUAAUUUUUACAGUCUAUGGCGGGAUCACCUCCCUAAUGUUUACAGUCUUGGCAGGGAUCACCUCCCCUAAUGUUACAGCCCUAUGGCAGGGAUCACCUCCCUAAUUUACAGUCUAUGGCAGGGAUCACCUCCCUAAUGUUACAGUCUAUGGCAGGGAUCACCUCCCAAUGUUACAGUCUACGACAGGGAUCACCUCCCUAAUGUUACAGUCUAGGGCCCAGGGAUCACUCCCAAAUGUUACAGUCUUAUGGACAGGGAUCACCUCCCUAAUGUUACAGUCUAUGACGGGGAUCCCCUCCCUAAUGUUACAGUCUAGGGCAGGGAUCACCUCCCUAAUGUUACAGUCUAUGGCAGGGAUCACCUCCCUAAUGUUAGUCUAUGGCAGGGAUCACCUCCCCUAUUUUACCGUCUAUGGCAGGGAUCACCUCCCUAAUGUUACAGUCUAUGGCAGGGAUCCCCCUCCCUAAUGUUUACAGUCUAUGGCAGGGAUCACCUCCCUAAUGUUACAGUGAAUGGCAGGGAUCACCUCCCUAAUGUUACAGUCUAUGGCAGGGAUCACCUCCCUAAUGUUACAGUCUAUGGCAGGGAUCACCUCCCUAAUGUUACAGUCUAUGUCAGGGAUCAUCAACUACAUUCAACCGCGGGAAGAUGGUCGGGAGGCCAGAACAUAAUUACAAAUAAUUUGUAGACUGCAAAUUGACAGCAAGAAGCCCAAACAUACAGUGGGGAAAAAAAGUAUUUAGUCAGCCACCAAUUGUGCAAGUUCUCCCACUUAAAAAGAUGAGAGAGGCCUGUAAUUUUCAUCAUAGGUACACGUCAACAAUGACAGACAAAUUGAGAAUUUUCUUUCCAGAAAAUCACAUUUUAGGAUUUUUAAUGAAUUUAUUUGCAAAUUAUGGUGGAAAAUAAGUAUUUGGUCACCUACAAACAAGCAAGAUUUCUGGCUCUCACAGACCUGUAACUUCUUCUUUAAGAGGCUCCUCUGUCCUCCACUCGUUACCUGUAUUAAUGGCACCUGUUUGAACUUGUUAUCAGUAUAAAAGACACCUGUCCACAACCUCAAACAGUCACACUCCAAACUCCACUAUGGCCAAGACCAAAGAGCUGUCAAAGGACACCAGAAACAAAAUUGUAGACCUGCACCAGGCUGGGAAGACUGAAUCUGCAAUAGGUAAGCAGCUUGGUUUGAAGAAAUCAACUGUGGGAGCAAUUAUUAGGAAAUGGAAGACAUACAAGACCACUGAUAAUCUCCCUCGAUCUGGGGCUCCACGCAAGAUCUCACCCCGUGGGGUCAAAAUGAUCACAAGAACGGUGAGCAAAAAUCCCAGAACCACACGGGGGGACCUCGUGAAUGACCUGCAGAGAGCUGGGACCAAAGUAACAAAGCCUACCAUCAGUAACACACUACGCCGCCAGGGACUCAAAUCCUGCAGUGCCAGACGUGUCCCCCUGCUUAAGCCAGUACAUGUCCAGGCCCGUCUGAAGUUUGCUAGAGUGCAUUUGGAUGAUCCAGAAGAGGAUUGGGAGAAUGUCAUAUGGUCAGAUGAAACCAAAAUAUAACUUUUUGGUCAAAACUCAACUCGUCGUGUUUGGAGGACAAAGAAUGCUGAGUUGCAUCCAAAGAACACCAUACCUACUGUGAAGCAUGGGGGUGGAAACAUCAUGCUUUGGGGCUGUUUUUCUGCAAAGGGACCAGGACGACUGAUCCGUGUAAAGGAAAGAAUGAAUGGGGCCAUGUAUCGUGAGAUUUUGAGUGAAAACCUCGUUCCAUCAGCAAGGGCAUUGACGAUGAAACAUGGCUGGGUCUUUCAGCAUGACAAUGAUCCCAAACACAACCGCCCGGGCAACGAAGGAGUGGCUUUGUAAGAAGCAUUUCAAGGUCCUGGAGUGGCCUAGCCAGUCUCCAGAUCUCAACCCCAUAGAAAAUCUUUGGAGGGAGUUGAAAGUCCGUGUUGCCCAGCGACAGCCCCAAAACAUCACUGCUCUAGAGGAGAUCUGCAUGGAGGAAUGGGCCAAAAUACCAGCAACAGUGUGUGAAAACCUUGUGAAGACUUACAGAAAACGUUUGACCUGUGUCAUUUGCCAACAAAGUGUGAUAUAACAAAGUAUUGAGAAGCUUUUGUUAUUGACCAAAUACUUCUUUUCCACCAUAAGUUUGCAAUAAAUUCAUAAAAAAUCCUACAAUGUGAUUUUCAGGAAUUUUUUUUCUCAUUUUGGUCUGUCAUAGUUGACGUGUACCUAUGAUGAAAAUUACAGGCCUCUCUCUAUCUUUCUAGUGGGGAGAACUUGCACAAUUGUGGGGGCUGACUAAAUACUUUUUUUCCCCCCACUGUAUAUUGUUAGACUAAAACAUCAUUUUAAACCUUGCUUACUGUCACGAUCGUCGUAUGGAAUAGACCAAGGCGCAGCGUGAUGAACGAACAUGUUUAUUUAUCUUAGUGAUAAUACGGACAUCAACAAAAAUGACUCGUGAAGACCACGGUACAACAACCAACUGGAACAGAACCCACAAACACCAACUGGAAACGGCCGGGACCACCCAUACACAAAAAAAAAAAUGUAUGCACGCAUGACUGUAAGUCGCUUUGGAUAAAAGCGUCUGCUAAAUGGCAUAUUAUUAUUAUUAUAACACAAAGGGAAAAACAGACAGUUUAAAUAUGGCUCCCAAUCAGAGACAACCAGCAACAGCUGACACUCGUUGCCUCUGAUUGGGAAAGUCACUCGGGCCAACAUAGAAAUACAACUAGAACUCCAACAGAAAUACACCACAUAGAAAAAAACACACCCUGGCUCAACAUAUAGAGUCCCAGAGCCAGGGUGUGACACUUACAUUAGUAUACGAUCACAUCUCUCUAUUAUGUGUGGGAAUACUUGGGAACAGAUUUCUUCAAUUAAAAUAAUUUGGAGCUGAUUUCCUGGUGUUUCUACAGUCUUAUGUUCAACAAUUAAAUUACAUUUGUAUUUAUUUUAUUUUGCUCAGAAUACUUGGGGGGCCAAAUGAAACUUAGCCCGCUUGCCGCCAGUUGGGUGUGUGUUAUCCAGAUGUAGAAAACCCCUGAUCAUCAGUUGAUAGUAUCAGUGAUCACCGACCACUCUCCCUCUCUCUGUCCAAUUGUCUCUCUCUUUCUCUGCCUGUCUCCCCCUGUAUUUGUCUGUAUCUCUCUCCUCCUCCUUGCCUUCUCUCUCUCUCCCUCCCUUCUCUUUCUCCUUCCCUUUUUUCUCUCUCUUGCGCUCUCUCUUUCUCCCGCUCUCUCCCUCCUCCCCGAUCUCUCUCUUCGCUCUCUCUCUCUCUCUCUCUCUGUCUCCCUCCUCCACUAUCUCUCUCUCUCCCCUCCUCCCCUAUCUCUCUCUCCCUCCUCCCCUAUCUCUCUCUCCCUCCUCCCCUAUCUCCCUCCUCCCCCCCUCUCUCUCUCCCUCCUCCCCUAUCUCCCUCCUCCCUCUCUCUCUCUCUCCCUCCUCCCUCCUCCCCUAUCUCUCUCUCCCUCCCCUAUCUCCCUCCUCCCCUCUCCCUCCUCCCUGUCUCCCUCUCCCUCCUCCCCUAUCUCCUCUCUCCCCUAUCUCCCUCUCUCCCUCCUCCCCUAUCUCCCUCUCCUCCUCCCCUAUCUCUCUCCCUCCUCCCCUAUUCCCUCCUCCCCUCUCUCCCCUCCUCCCCUAUCUCCCUCCUCCCCUAUCUCUCCCUCCCUCCCCUAUCUCUCUCCCUCCUCCCCUAUCUCCCUCCUCCCUUCUCUCUCCUCCCUCCUCCCCUAUCUCUCUCCCUCUUCCCCAUCGCUCUGUCUCCCUCCUCCCCUAUCUCUCUCCCUGCCUCCCUCCUCCCCUCCUCCUCCCCUCUCUCUCCCUCCUCCCCUAUCUCUCUCCCUCUCCCCUCCUCCCUCCUCCCUCUCCUCUCUCCUCUCCCCUCCCCUAUCUCCCUCCUCCCCUCUCUCUCCCUCCUCCCCUAUCUCUCUCCCUCCUCCCUAUCUCCCUCCUCCCCCUCUCUCCUCCUCCUCCCUACUCUCUCUCCUCCUCCUCCUCUCUCCUCCUCCCCUAUCUCUCCUCCCUCCUCCCCAUCCUCUCUCUCCCUCCUCCCCUAUCUCUCUCCCUCCGUCCCCUAUCUCUCUCCCUCCCCCCUUAUCUCUCUCCCCUCCUCCCUAUCUCUCUCCCCCUCCCCUCCUCCCCUACUCCUCCCCCCUCCCCUUUCCCCUCCCUCCCCCCUAUCUCCUCCUCCUCCUCCCCUCUCCUAAUCUCCUCCUCCCAUCUCUUCCCUCUCCCCAUGCUCGCUCCCCUCCGCCUAUCUUCUCCCUCCUCCCCUACUCUCCUCCCCUCCCCCCCUUCUCCUCCUCCCCUACUCUCUCCUCCCUCCUCCCCUAUCUCUCCCUCUCCCAACUUCCCUCCUCCCCUAUCCCCUCCCCUUCCCAUCUCUCCCCUCCCCCUCUCUCCCCUCCCCCCCUAUCCCCCUCCCCCCCUCUCCCCCCUCCCCCCCCCCCUUUCCCCUCCUCCCUAUCUCCUCCCUCCUCCCCUCCUCUCCCCCUCCCCUCUCUCUCUCCCUCCUCCCCAUCCCUCCCCUUCUCCCUCCCUCCCCAAACUCUCUCCCUCCCCCCUAUCCCCCUCCCCCUCCUUUUCCCUCCUCCCCAUCUCCUCCCUUCCCCAUCUCGCUCUCCCUCCCCCCAAUCCUCUCCCUCCUCCCUAUCCCCUCCUCCCCCUCCUCUCUCCCUCCUCCCCUACCUCUCUCCCCUCUCCCCUAUCCUCUGCUCUCCCUUCCCCCCCUACUCUCUCCCUCCUCCCCUAUCUCUCUCCCUCCUCCCCUAUCUCUCUCCCCCUCCCCUUUUCCCUCCCCCUCCUCCCCACCCUCUCUCCCUCCUCCCCAUCGCUCUGCCCUCCCUCCUCCCCUAUCUCUCUCUCCCUCCUCCCUAUCUCCCCCCCCUCUCUCUCUCCCUCCUCCCCUAUUCCCCUCUCCCCCCUCCUCCCCUAUCUCCCUCCCCCCUAUCCCCUUCCCUCUCCCCUAUCUCCCUCUCUCCCAGGCAUCUCCCAGGUGAUUCCAGUGGAGGAGGCUCAGCUGUGGUGGGCUGCUAAGGAGAUGCAGAGAGGGAAGAAAACACACAAGAAACAACAUCGGAAAACAGAAGGGGGGACCAAAACAAGACCGAAAGUCAACAAAUAAAUGAAAGGUGGGGGUGGAGCUACACCACAACUAGCCAGUAGGGGCGGGCAUUUGAAAGAAUGUCUGUGUUUGAGUCGGAGUAAUGAGAACGGUUGGAAAUCCAGCUCGUCGCUUAUGGAGCGGUUCUUGCGCACCGCUCCGGCACUCCACGUCCUUUCCAACCUCUCUGCUAAAUACCGCUCUGCACUCACAGGAAAAAAACUAUUGCCGCUCCAAAUCCGCUCCAUUCCAUUAAAAUCACAAUUUAGCCAACACCCAUCUAUAUUUGUGACUACCUGGACCUACCAUUUGUUUGUUUUGAAGUAUUGAAACCAAACGAUACGAUUUGAAUGAAACGUAUUUGAAUAAACAACAGGAAAAGGUGACUGUAAGAAGCGCACAUCAUUUCAAACAGGCUACAUGUCCUAUUAAACAGCAUAUAAACUCUCUGAAUAGGUCAGGAGACAGACAGGGAGCCUAAGAAGGAACACAAAUGAAUUAUUUAGGCUAUAUUAUUAGCCUAUUAUUUCAAUGAUUUCAAGGCUAUAGCCUACAAAGAAAUACAUUGUGAAGCGUUUGCGAGUGCAACACAAUAGGCUGGUUGGAACAUAAAGCGCUCAGCAGUUAAACAACAUUUCAUUGUAUUAAAUCGUUAUAGUCUAUACAUUGUGCAUAUAGGCUGUGGCUUACUUAGAAUUAAAUACAAAUUAAUCAAAAUGCCUUAUUAGGCUCAGUCUACAGUGCCUUUAGAAUUUUUAGAAACACCAGUUUGGCCAGAGUCUGUGGCUUCAGGCUUCAUGCGAUGGUGCCUGGAGAGCCGGCCAGCGGCGGAGAAUAUCCUCUCCAUGGUGCCUGGAGAGCCGGCCAGCGGCGGAGAAUAUCCUCUCCAUGGUGCCUGGAGAGCCGGCCAGCGGCGGAGAAUAUCCUCUCCAUGGUGCCUGGAGAGCAGCCCUGCAGCGGAGAAUAUCCUCUCCAUGGUGCCUGGAGAGCCGGCCAGCGGCGGAGAAUAUCCUCUCCGCUCUUGCAGAGCAACUGGGGAUGCUAAACACCCUUCAGGCCACUCUUGCCAGGCUGAGCAGGAUGCGUCGUUUAAAAAAAAUAAAAUCUAUAGGUAGGCAAACAGAUUGAGGCAAAAUAACCCAAUCAAAUGGAAAGGUCCUUGAAAGUGGGAAUAUGGGCCAAAAUCAAUGAUAGCCUAUUGUAUAGAUAAUAGAAUGAAAAUGAACAAAACUUUUAAGAGAUCUGAUUUUUUGUUUAUAAAUACUUUGCUACAAUGACACUUACAGUGAGGGAAGAAAGUAGCAUGUGCACGUGGUAAGUACACCAUCAUGCUUUCAGGAUGCGUGUCUUUUCAGAUUCCACAGUGAUUCUUUAGUUGUGGACACUACAUCACCACACUCCCUCUCUUGCUCUUGGUCCUCAUCUUUGGAAGUCACCUUAAUUCAGCUCUUGUGUGUUUUAUCAGUUUCUUUAUGAAUAUAUUUAUUGAACUCCAUGACAGUAGCUAAAGCAAAGGGCUGUAGCAGCACACAAGUAGACUACAAAUGCAUGCUGGGCCGGGCAUGCCUUGAGGUCGUAAAGUGAGCGGUAGUGGUGCAAAAUUGGAUUGGAUUGGAUUGGAUUACUGACUGGGGAGCUACACUGGUGUAUUACUGACUGGGGAGCUACACUGGUGUAUUACUGACUGGGGAGCUACACUGGUGUAUCACUGACUGGGGAGCUACACUGGUGUAUUACUGACUGGGGAGCUACACUGGUGUAUUACUGACUGGGGAGCUACACUGGUGUAUUACUGACUGGGGAGCUACACUGGUGUAUUACUGACUGGGGAGCUACACUGGUGUAUCACUGACUGGGGAGCUACACUGGUGUAUUACUGACUGGGGAGCUACACUGGUGUAUUACUGACUGGGGAGCUACACUGGUGUAUCACUGACUGGGGAGCUACACUGGUGUAUUACUGACUGGGGAGCUACACUGGUGUAUUACUGACUGGGGAGCUACACUGGUGCCUUACUGACUGGGGAGCUACACUGGUGUAUUACUGACUGGGGAGCUACACUGGUGUAUUACUGACUGGGGAGCUACACUGGUGUAUUACUGACUGGGGAGCUACACUGGUGUAUUACUGACUGGGGAGCUACACUGGUGUAUUACUGACUAGGGAGCUACACUGGUGUAUCACUGACUGGGGAGCUACACUGGUGUAUUACUGACUGGGGAGCUACACUGGUGUAUUACUGACUAGGGAGCUACACUGGUGUAUCACUGACUGGGGAGCUACACUGGUGUAUUACUGACUGGGGAGCUACACUGGUGUAUUACUGACUGGGGAGCUACACUGGUGUAUUACUGACUGGGGAGCUACACUGGUGUAUUACUGACUGGGGAGCUACACUGGUGUAUCACUGACUGGGGAGCUACACUGGUGUAUUACUGACUGGGGAGCUACACUGGUGUAUUACUGACUGGGGAGCUACACUGGUGUAUUACUGACUGGGGAGCUACACUGGUGUAUUACUGACUGGGGGAGCUACACUGGUGUAUCACUGACUGGGGAGCUACACUGGUGUAUACUGACUGGGGAGCUACACUGGUGUAUCACUGACUGGGGAGCUACACUGGUUGUAUUACUGACUGGGGAGCUACAACUGGUGGAUUCACUGACUGGGGAGUUACACUGUGUGUAUUACUGACUGGGGAGCUACAACUGGUGUAUUACUGACUGGGGGGGAGUACACUGGUGUAUACUGACUGGGGAGCUACACCUGGUGUAUUACUUGACUGGGGGAGCUACACUGGUGUAUCACUGACUGGGGAGCUACACUGGUGUAUACUGACUGGGGAGUUACACUGGUGUAUUACUGACUGGGGAGCUACACUGGUGUAUUACUGACGGGGGGAGCUACACUGGUGUAAUCACUGACUGGGGAGCUACACUGUGUAUUACUGACUGGGGAGCUACACUGGUGUAUUACUGACUGGGGAGCUACACUGUGCUGUAUUACUGACUGACUGGGGACGCUACACUGGUGUAUGACUGACUGGGGAGCUACCACUGGUGUAUUACUGACGGGGAGCUACCACUGGCGUUUGAUGGGGGCUACACUGGUGCUAUUACUGACUGGGGGAGGCUACACUGGUGUAUCACUGACUGGGGGUUACCACUGGUGUAUUACUGACUGGGGAGCUUACACUUGGUGUAUUACUGACUGGGGAGAUUACACUGGUGUAUUACUGACUGGGGAGCUACACUGGUGGUAAUUACUGACUGGGGAGCAUUACACUGGUGUAUUACUGACUGGGGAAUCUGGAAAACAUUAGGUUUUUACCUGCUACGCUGGACGCGUAACUUUUUGCCAGCGUGAGCAGAGCGUGAGCCACUUUAUCAAGCGUUCUCGGGUGUGACUGAGCUACGCCUCCACAUCUUGAAAAUAGAAACAGAGGGUACAUCUCAAUAGUCUAAAGUGGUUUCUCAUAUCAAAUAGUCUAAAGUGGUUUCUCAUAUCAAUAGUCUAAAGUGGUUUCUCAUCUCAAUAGUCUAAAGUGGUUUCUCAUAUCAAUAGUCUAAAGUGGUUUCUCAUAUCAAUAGUCUAAAGUGGUUUCUCAUAUCAAUAGUCUAAAGUGGUUUCUCAUAUCAAUAGUCUAAAGUGGUUUCUCAUAUCAAUAGUCUAAAGUGGUUUCUCAUAUCAAUAGUCUAAAGUGGUUUCUCAUAUCAAUAGUCUAAAGUGGUUUCUCAUAUCAAUAGUCUAAAGUGGUUUCUCAUAUCAAUAGUCUAAAGUGGUUUCUCAUAUCAAUAGUCUAAAGUGGUUUCUCAUAUCAAUAGUCUAAAGUGGUUUCUCAUAUCAAUAGUCUAAAGUGAUAGUUCAGAUCACAUCAGACAAAGCCAAUAAGAUGAGGUGAGGAGAGGAAACCACUUUAGGAAGCAAUAGUUCACACUUUUCAGUUCGAAGUAGGCCGAGCCCUUGAUCGAAGCCUAGAUAGAUAGUUCUAGAUGUUCUAGAUGGAUAAUGGAUAUAAUGUUGUAGGUCAUGCUGAUGCCUAGAUAGAUAGUUCUAGAUAGUCCUAGAUGGGUAAUGGAUAUAAUGUUGUAGGUCAUGCUGAUGCCUAGAUAGAUAGUCCUAGAUGUUCUAGAUGGGUAAUGGAUAUAAUGUUGUAGGUCAUGCUGAUGCCUAGAUAGAUAGUUCUAGAUAGUCCUAGAUGGAUAAUGGAUAUAAUGUUGUAGGUCAUGCUGAUGUUUGACCAUGUGUUCCUGUCAGAGGGGCCAGGGGGCGCCAGCCAGAGAACCUGUGGUCACAGAGGAGCAACAGAAACAGAUGAUGAUGCACCUCUACAAGAGACAACAGGAACUCAAGGUGGGACACACACACACACUCUCUCUCACACACACACACACACUCCACACACACACACACACCACACCACACACACUCUCACACACACACACAUAGAAGACACCACUAAGACACUAAACACUCAAGUAGGGACCCAUAACACACUACACCCCAAAACACACACUACAAACAUACACCUAAAACACAUCAUCUACGUACCCCUAUACCCAAAGACCUAAACACAUCAUCUACGUACCCCUAUAAACACACCACCACCAUCACUACCCCCUAUAAACACACUAUCUACGUACCCCUUAUAACACUCAUCUACGACCCCUAUAACACACUCACAGUACCAUAAAACACUCACUACGUACCCUAUAACACACUAUCACGUACCCCUAUAAACACACUCAUCUACGACCCCUAACAAUCACACACCAUCAGACCCCCUUAUAAACACACUCAUCUACGUACCCCAAACACACACCACUACGUACCCCUAAAACACACACGUACUCCCCAUAGACACACUCAUCACGACCCUAUAAACACACUCAUUACGUACCCCCAACACACACACGAACCCCUAAACACACUCACACGCCCCAAAACACACCAACGACACCACUCAAACACACCACACGACACACCCACGACACCAACACACACACACCCACCAAAACACACACACACGACCCCCUAAAACACACACCACGACCAGAAAACACACCACACGACCCCAGAAACACACACACACCACACUAACACACCAACGACACCCACAACACACUACACACAAAACACACCACACCAUACACACCCAACCCACUACACCCCUAAAACACACACACACCCACUAUAAACACACUCACAUACUACCCCAAAACACACUCAUCACACCCUACACACACAAACACACCAUCUACCUACCCCCAAACACACUCAUCACACCCCCAAACACACACUCAUCACUACCCCUUAUAAACACACAUCACUACUACCCCUAUAAACACACCAUCACGUACCCCAAAACACCACGUCAUACACACCAAAACACACCAUCGACACCCCUAAAACACACACACGACCCGAUAACACACACACGACCCCCUAUACACCACCACACUCAACACCAUAUAACAAACCACUACUUACCCCAUAAAACACACACACUCCCCUAACCCAUAUAAACACUCUCUACCCCAUUGAACAACUCAUCUACCCCCUUAUAAACACACUCAUCUACCUACCCCCUUAUAAACACACUCAUCUACGUACCCCAUAUAAACACACUCAUCUACGUACCCCCUUAUAAACACACUCAUCUACGUACCCCCAUUAUAAACACACUCAUCUACGUACCCCCUUAUAAACACACUCAUCUACUUACCCCCUUAUAAACACACACAUCUAACUACCCCUUAUAAACACACUCAUCUACGUAUCCCAUUAUAAACAGUCUCCCUGUCCUACAGUGAAUAUACAUUAAACAGUCUAUACAGUCUCCCUGUCAUUUCUAUAAAACACAUGCCAUAGUUUAUAUUCCCAACUAGGGUUGCAAAAUUCCGGUAACUUUCCACAAAAUCAAACCAGGAUUUGUGGAAAACAGGGAAUUUGUUAUCAGAAUUGUGCAACCCUAUUCCCACCUCACCUGAAUAAUCUGCUUUAUGAGAGUACAUACCGUAACCCUUAGGUGUGUCUGAUGUUGGGGCUACGUAACCCUUAGUGUGUUGUCUGUGGUUUUCUGUGAGUACACUACCGUAAACCUUAGUGUAUUGUGUCUGUGGUUUUAUGUGAGUACAGUACCGUAUACCUUAGUGUGUUGUCUGUUGUUUUAUUUGAGUACACUACCGUAAACCUUAGUGUAUUGUGUCUGUGGUUUUAUGUGAGUACAGUACCGUAAACCUUAGUGUAUUGUGUCUGUGGUUUUAUGUGAGUACACUACCGUAAACCUUAGUGUGUUGUGUCUGUGGUUUUAUGUGAGUACACUACCGUAAACCUUAGUGUGUUGUGUCUGUGGUUUUAUGUGAGUACACUACCGUAAACCUUAGUGUGUUGUCUGUGGUUUUAUGUGAGUACACUACCGUAAACCUUAGUGUAUUGUGUCUGUGGUUUUAUGUGAGUACACUACCGUAAACCUUAGUGUAUUGUGUCUGUGGUUUUAUGUGAGUACACUACCGUAAACCUUAGUGUGUUGUGUCUGUGGUUUUAUGUGAGUACACUACCGUAACCUUAGUGUGUUGUGUCUGUGGUUUUAUGUGAGUACACUACCGUAAACCUUAGUGUGUUGUGUCUGUGGUUUUAUGUGAGUACACUACCGUAAACCUUAGUGUGUUGUGUCUGUGGUUUUAUGUGAGUACACUACCGUAAAACCUUAGUGUGUUGUGUCUGUGGUUUUAUGUGAGUACACUACCGUAAAACCUUAGUGUGUUGUGUCUGUGGUUUAUGUGAGUACACUACCGUAAACCUUAGUGUGUUGUGUCUGUGGUUUUAUGUGAGUACACUACCGUAAACCUUAGUGUGUUGUGUCUGUGGUUUUAUGUGAGUACACUACCGUAAACCUUAGUGUGUUGUUCUGUGGUUUUAUGUGAGUACACUACCGUAAACCUUAGUGUGUUGUGUCUGUGGUUUUAUGUGAGUACACUACCGUAAACCUUAGUGUGUUGUGUCUGUGGUUUUAUGUGAGUACACUACCGUAAACCUUAGUGUGUUGUGUCUGUGGUUUUAUGUGAGUACACUACCGUAAACCUUAGUGUGUUGUGUCUGUGGUUUUAUGUGAGUACACUACCGUAAACCUUAGUGUAUUGUGUCUGUGGUUUAUGUGAGUACACUACCGUAAACCUUAGUGUGUUGUGUCUGUGGUUUUAUGUGAGUACACUACCGUAAACCUUAGUGUUGUGUCUGUGGUUUUAUGUGAGUACACUACCGUAAACCUUAGUGUAUUGUGUCUGUGGUUUUAUGUGAGUACACUACCGUAAACCUUAGUGUAUUGUGUCUGUGGUUUUAUGUGAGUACACUACCGUAAACCUUAGUGUGUUGUGUCUGUGGUUUUAUGUGAGUACACUACCGUAAACCUUAGUGUAUUGUGUCUGUGGUUUUAUGUGAGUACACUACCGUAAACCUUAGUGUGUUGUGUCUGUGGUUUUAUGUGAGUACACUACCGUAAACCUUAGUGUAUUGUGUCUGUGGUUUUAUGUGAGUACGCUACCGUACACCUUAGUGUAUUGUGUCUGUGGUUUUAUGUGAGUACACUACCGUACACCUUAGUUUAUUGUGUCUGUGGUUUUAUGUGAGUACGCUACCGUAAACCUUUGUGUAUUGUGUCUGUGGUUUUAUGUGAGUACACUACCGUAAACCUUAGUGUAUUGUGUCUGUGGUUUUGACAGAUGCUGGACGAGGUGGAGGACGACAGUCACCUCCACUCAGAAUGGUCAGACAGACAGGCCUUGAAGAGACAGUUCAGGGCCUCAGCAACAUCAAGUGGGGUCCCAGGUAGACACACACAUGCCAUUUGUCUUUUUUUUUUUUUUUUUCGAAAUAAAAAUUGUAAGCUCAAGUUUACAAAAAUAAAAUGGG